AGAUGGAGAAAAGAACCAGAAUUCAAGGAUGUAAGAAGCUUCACUCUGCCAUUUAUGAGCUUGACUUCAUUUCCCGACAUGCCAUUCAUUCCUGCAACUUCUUGGGCUAGGACUCUGACUUUCGUUAACCAUCCACCAACGCUCGUUCUAUCAAAAGAAAUAUCCCACACGCCAGCUAUAUCUCAUCGUACACAACCACUCCCCAGACAUGCAGUUCUCCUCCCUCCUCCUCCUCGUCCUCACGCCCGCCCUCGCGACCGCGACGCUCGACCCGGCCACCUCCAACACCAAGGGCAAGUGCCCCUCGAAAUACGCUUGCAGCGCUACAAAGGUCUCAAAGGCCAUCCAGGCAGCUGAGUGCUCGCACAACACGCGCACCGGCAAGACCCAGACCUUCGCCGUCUUCGAGACGGACCACCAGUACGAUGCCAGCCACGGCGCCCCCUACGGCACCUGCUCCGCGUACACCUGCGAGGCGCCCGCCCAGAUGCUUGCCGACGCGGACUGCUGGACCUUCUUCUGGAGCGGCACCGGCGAGCAGAGCGGCGUCGGCACCGGUUGCAUCAGGGACCCGAACACGGGCGAGUGCGGCUGCGAGAACUCCGAUGGCACCUUCAUCCCCGGCAGCGACAGCUGCAAAUGA